AAACCAGUCAGACUGAAGCGAAACGAAGGGAUUCAUACCCAACACACAGUGGUCCCUAAAGGUUACUGUUAUCAAGGGAGCGAACGCUCAAUCUGUUUUAUCUGUCAGAUACUCUUUAUUUGGACUGUAUUAGAGGAACUUAACCCGCGAUGGUGGCAGUAAGAGUACCAGCAGCUCUUCUCAUCGUCUUCUUUCUCCCCAUGUUCUCUGCUACAGACUUGUAUCCCAAAGCGCAGAAUGUCACUUGGAAAUCCACCAACUUUAAAACUAUUUUGUCCUGGGAGCCGAAACCAUCAGCUGAUUACUCCUACACCGUGGAGUUCUCUACGCUUAGUGGGAACAAACAAAGGACCCCUCACUGUAUCCGGUCCUCAGGGACAAUGUGUGAUCUGUCCAACUCCCUGACUGACCUGCGUGCCGACUACAUAGCUGACGUCCUGUCUGAACCCCCGCUGGGGGUCACCUCUGACAUUAUUGAGUUCCCCUACACAAGCUCGCCACGAUUCUGUCCCUACAAAGACACUGAGAUAGGCAGACCUGACUUUAAGCUGGAGGUGAGCGGAGACAAAAAGAAAACCACCCUGUAUGUGACUGACCCACUCACCGCAGUGUUCAAAGAUGGCCGCCAGCUGAACAUAAGGGACAUUUUCUCUGACGAGCUGCAGUAUAAAGUCACCUACAGGAGAAAUAAGAGCACCGGCAAGAAAGUGGUUAUCUCUAAGACCAACGAGAUAGUGCUGACUGACCUGGACCGAGGGGAGAGCUACUGCUUCAACGUCCAGGCCUACAUCCCCAGCCGCGUUGGUGACAAGCAGCUGGGAGAGCUGAGCCAGACCCAGUGCUCCAAAGACGACAACCAGUCCAUCUUUGAAAUGUAUUCUGUGGGCGUGAUUGCCGCUGCCAUUUUCCUCAUCCUGCUGCUGAUUGGCAUAAUCAUUGCUGUCACAGUGGUCUGCUGCAAGCGCAGGCAGAAUGCUCUGAAAAGUGGAAAAGAAGGAAUGCCACUCAACGAUGUAUAGAGUUUGUGCUUCAGCACAAACACACACACUCCCGUACUUACUGUGGGAACAUGCGGUACAGCUGAACUGGACUUAGAUCUACAGUAGUUCAACAUUCCACUGUCAAACACUGGAAUCAAUCCUUCCUUUAGUUUCUGUGAAACUGCCCCUGAAUAUUUCAGAAAUAUUUUGUUCUUCCUUUAUCAUUUAAUGCUGCAGAAAAAGAGACUUUAGGAAAACACUGUUCGAACACUCCUACUGUACACAUUAGUCAUCAUGCUGUAAUAUUCCAUUCCUUGUCUUUGAUAUUUGGUGAGUGGUAUUUGUUUAGCUAAACACUACAGCUGAUUUUAUUUAUUAUUAUAUUAUAUAUCUGUAUUUUCUAACUUGAAAUGAGGGUGUUGGGGAGGCUGGUGAAAGCAACACUUUAUGGGAAAUCAAGACCUUGUAUAUACUAUUUUUGUAUCUGAUAUUUAACUUAUUGCGUUUGAUUGAAAUUAACAUAUUUGUAUAUGGUGCCAUUGGUAGCUCUUUUAUACUUCAGAUUGUUGCAGAUCAUUUUAUUAUUUGGUGCAAUAUUGAAGAAGUAAUAAAUAUUUUAAAGAAAACGA